UAGUUUCUGAUCAUAACAUAUUGUUGGACUGAGAGCAUAAAAAAUUUCAAUAUUUAUAUCAUUUUGAAGCUAACUUUAUUGGAUUCAAGAUUAUCUUUGAUUUACUACAAGUCGGUCGCAUACAAUAUAGUUCCCGCGAUUUAAAACAGAGGACGUUACUAAUGAUGCAAAACCCUAUUCACUGUGUAGAUAAAAUUUUAAGGAUCUACUUUACUUUGUGAUUUCGGUGAUUUUAUUGGACUAACAUUACAAUGGAUCAUAAUAAAUCUAAUAAGGCAAAUUCAGAAUCGAAUGGAGUGUCUUGGAUAAAAAAACCAGAGAAAAUGUUUCCUCAUACAAAUAAUGCCUCGAGUAUAAAAAAUAAAAAGGAUAAAGGAGAAAACACAGUUAGAACAACGCCAUUAAAAUCAAAAAAAGAUGAUAAUAAAAAAACGGCUUCAACGUCUAAUGAUAAGUCCAAAAAUCAAAAUGGUAACUUUGAACUUUUCGAAACAAUCAUUAAGAAGUUUAAAUAUGAUGAUGAAAAUUUUAAGCAUAUCCUUAAAAAAAUUUCGAAUUUAUCUAUCGGAAAGGAUGAAAACAAAAGCAAGAAAAUUCAAUUAUUGGAUCUAAUAAUAAAUAAUCUAUUGAAAGCAGAUGAAAACGAAUUUGGAUUGUUGAAGAAACGAACUGAACGAGUGAUUUUGUCAAGUACAUUGAUUGAAUAUUAUGUCAAAUCUGAUAGUAUUUUGAUUGAUUUCGACAGUUUACUUGAUAAUUGUUUAUAUUCAUUUCAUGAUGGAAUAUUGGUUAAAGAUAAAGGCUCGAAAAAAGUAAUUGUAAAAGUUUCCAAUUCACUUAUGAGUUUUGAAGAGGAAGCAGCUUUAUUGUUAAAACUGGAUCAUCCAAAUAUUAUAAAAAUGUUGGCAGUGAAUAAAUAUGUUGAUAAACUCGUUUUGGAAUUAAUGGAUGGAGUUUUAUCCUCGGCUAUAAUAGAAAAAACAAUCGAUUUAAGUUCAAAAAACAUGAUAAAUUUAUUGAUAGGCAUAGCUGCGGGUAUGGAAUAUCUACAUUCGAAAAACUUCGUCUUGCGUAAUUUGUCAUGUCGAACGGUAUUAGUCAAUAAAAAAAACGAGUGUAAAAUUAGUGAUAUCAACUUCGCGGUUUACGUCGGCGAAUCUAAUGGCGAAUACAUCAAUACCGAGAAAUCAAUCGUGGUAGAAUUGCCAGCUCCAGAAACGGCGCUUUUUUACAAAUACACCUUCAAAACGGACGUGUGGUCUAUGGGAUUUCUGUGUUGGGAAGCGUUCAAAUUAAUUUCCGACUCUCGAUUUGGAACUUUACAGUUAUCACGUAAAUGUUCAUAUUUACAAGAUAUGAUUAAUUUCUCUUCUUCGACUUGUCCACCUGUUUUACAAAAUUACAUGAGACAACAAGUUUUACAAAAAGAUCCAGAUAAAAGAUCGACGUUUUCGGAAAUCAAAAAUGUUCUUCGGAAUAUGUAAAUUUCUUUUUUUGAAAACCAAUUCUUUUUACAACCUCCAAUGUUUUUUUUUUCAAAGUAAUAACGAUUUUUAAUUUUUAUUAUUUAAAUAAUUUCAAGCGUUUUUCAUUGUUAUUAAAGUUUCUUUUCUAGAUUAUUGAUACAUUUUUGACUUUAUCACUAUCAUUACAUAUAUAAUAAAGUUUUUAUUUGAA